AUGGUUAAAGAAUCUGUUGCAGUUAUUGGAUCGGGCAACUGGGGAUCAGUUGCCGCUAGAAUGGCUGGUCAAAGCUGUUUAGAGAAGCCUGACUUAUUCGAAAGAGAUGUCCCUAUGUGGGUUUUCGAAGAACAAGUCGAUGGUAGAAACCUCACAGAUAUCAUCAACGAGAAGCACGAGAAUGUCAAAUAUCUUCCUGGCGCUAAAUUCCCUGAAAACGUUAUCGCAAACCCAGAUCUCAUUGACACGGUUGAAGACGCAACACUCCUGAUCAUUGUCAUCCCCCACCAAUUCCUUCCAAAGACUUUAAACACCCUUAAAGGCCACAUCAACCCAAAAGCACGCGCUGUUUCUCUCAUCAAAGGUGUUGAAGUCGUUGGUGAUAACAUCAACAUCUUUGCAAAGGUUAUUGAGCGUGAAUUGGGAAUUAGAUGCUCUGCUCUCUCCGGCGCAAACAUCGCCAACGAAAUUGCUCUCGAAAAAUUCAGUGAAACUUCCAUUGGUUACGCUGACAGAAAAGAUGGUGAAAUUUUCCAAAAACUCUUUGACAGACCUUACUUUAGAGUUUCCAUCGUUGAAGAUGUUGAAGGUGUUUCUCUCUGUGGAGCAAUGAAGAACAUUGUCGCCAUCGCUUGUGGUUUCAACGACGGUAUGAACUGGGGUGACAACACAAAAGCUGCAAUCAUGAGAGUUGGUUUGCUUGAAAUGAAGAGAUUCUGUCAAGACUUCUUCCCUUCAUGCAAAGAUGCUACUUUCGUUGAAGAGUCUGCAGGUGUUGCCGAUCUCAUUACCACCUGUCUCGGUGGUAGAAACCGUAAGGUCGCCGCUGCUCACGCUGAAACUGGUAAAUCUUUCGAGCAACUCGAGCAGGAAAUUCUCGGUGGUCAAAGAUUGCAAGGUACAGGCACUGCAAAGGAAAUUCACGAAUUCCUCAGCCACAAAGGCAAGGUUGACAAUUACCCUCUCUUCAAGACUGUUUAUGAGAUUGCCUUCGAGAACAAGCCUGCUAAGGAGCUUACUUCUAGACUUUAA